CAAAACAUGAAGAACAGCACAAUGUCUCGACCAGGCCUCCAAAUUCACUAGAUCCCAAACUGAUCAAGUAUCUGUAUGUACUGGGUCACAGUGAUUAGAAACAGCAGCCAUACUCAUAUUAUUUUCACAUCUGAAAUACUGCUGUCAUUGUUAAAAAUAUUGUAGCCACAGCAUGCCAGAACAUUCAACUAUCCAAGUAACUGGAAAAUCCUUAAACUGAAAACCUUUUAUUUUGAGUAAAUUCUACUUAGUCCUUCAGUAAAACGAACAAAGAAACAAAAGACAAAUAUACAUAACAUCUUAAUAUAACAAGACCAAACCCUUGCAACAGGCGAUUAACACUUAAUCGUUCAGUAAAAAACGAUGGGACUUAAAAAUAAGUGCGGGUUGUUAUCUAAUCUCAUCCGGUGUCAGCUAUGAGAUAACAUAUUGCCUAGAGCAGGAAGAACUGGAUGUACUGAAGGUUCGAUAAACUACAUCAAUGACUGGCAGCUGUGGUCGCCAUCUAGUGACGUUUAACACGAACAGCAGCCCAAAGUCAAAUCAAUAAAACGUCUGAUACUCAAGCAACCUACUAUUGUUUCUAAGUGGUUACACUUUGUAUUAAAAAGCCAAUAUAAAUUAAUAUUAGGGUUCUUUAAGAACAAUAUUCUAAACUGGAUUGAAAGCAACAGAAAUGUGAAGUCACAGCUGAGCCGAGCUGAAGUUUGAAAUGCCUAGGUAUAUAAUGAGGCUGUAAAGAGAGGGUAACCUUUUGAUUUAUUGAUACAUUAUUUGCGUUUUCUUUGGGCUGUCAUAUAGUUCCAUUUUACCACACAACAAUAUACCGAGGGGGCAAACUUUAAAUUCACGACAUAGAAAAGGAAAACAUCAUCAACUGAGCCACACCGAGAGACGCAGCAGCACUGACACAGGAGUGACUCAGCCACACAUCUUCAAGUGAAAGUGAAACCUUUUCUGAACAACAUCAGACCUGCAGCCAGUCUCUCCAAAGAAAGAAGCCGAUUGCGGAAAUGUCUGCUGUCAGCUGUCCUCUGUCUGAAGAUCAGUUUCUGUGCUCCAUCUGUCUGGAGGUGUUCACUGAUCCAGUCAGCACACCAUGUGGACACAACUUCUGCAAGAAGUGCAUCACCGAACACUGGAAGACUAAUGUUCAGUGCCAGUGUCCCAUGUGUAAAAGGGCUUACGACACGAGACCUGAACUAUUUGUCAACACGUUCAUCUCUGAGAUGGUCGCUCAGUUCAAAUGGUCAGCUAAACACAAAGCCAACACCAGCAGCUCCGAGCAACAAGUUGCCAAACCUGGAGAGAUUCCCUGUGACGUCUGUAGUGGAACCAAACUGAAGGCCUUGAAGUCCUGCCUGGUAUGUCUGGCCUCGUACUGUGAGUCUCACCUGGAACCUCAUCAGACAAUGUCAGGCCUGAAGAGACAUCAGCUGAUGGACCCUGUGGAGGACCUGGAAGGAAGGAUGUGUAUGAAGCACGAUAAACUGCUGGAGCUGUUCUGUAAGACUGACCAGGUGUGUGUCUGCAUGCUCUGCACCGUUUUAGACCACAAGACUCAUGAGGUUGUUCUUCUGAAAGUAGAAUGUGAGGAAAAGAAGACCAAGUUGAAGAUAACUGAAGAGGAAAUUCAGAAGAUGAUCCAGAAGAAACAAGUGAAGAUUCAGGAGAUCAAACACUCAGUGAAGCUUAGUAAGGAAGAUGCAGACAGAGAAAUAGCAAAAGGUGUUAAAGUCUUCACUGCUCUGAGGGAAUCUGUUGAUAGAAGCCAGACUGAGCUCAUGAAGACCAUUGAGAAUAAGCAGAGAACAACAGAGAAACAGGCUGAAGGCUUCAUCAGAGAGCUGGAAGAGGAAAUCUCUGAGCUGAAGAAGAGAAGCUUUGAGGUGGAACAGCUCUCCCACUCUGAUGAUCACCUCCACCUCAUCCAGAACUUCUCCUCCAUGAAUGCAGCUCCACCCACCAAGGACUGGACAGAGGCCAGUGUCCAUCAACCGUUAUAUGGAGGAACUGUGAGGAGAGCAGUGACUCAGCUGGAGGAGACUCUCAGUGAACAGACGAAGGAGCUGUUGGAAGAUGAGCUGAAGACAGUCCAGCAGUAUGCAGUUGAUGUGACCCUUGAUCCUGAUGUAGUACAUCCUAAACCAGCCCAGUCUCAUGAGAGAGGACGCGCAAGUGAGCAGAAUCGGUGCAGAUGUGUCUUUUCAACAAAGGGUUUCUCCUCAGGAAGAUUUUACUUUGAGGUGAUGGUCAAAAACUGGUCCACAUGUACUAUAGGAGUGGCCAAACAGUCCAAAAUGAAAGAAAUAUUCCGUCUGAGCCCUGACAAUGGUUACUGGACAGCGUCCCUGAAGUUCUCCCGUGGGUAUGUUGUUUCUGCCAACCCAUCAUUUCAUCUUUAUACAAAGCUGAAGCCUGAGAAGUUGGCAGUUUUUGUGGAUUAUGAGGAAGGUCUGGUCUGCUUUUAUGUUGCUGAUCCAGUAGCUCUUGUCUACUCCUUUACUGGCUGCAACUUCACUGGAAAACUCCACCCAUUCUUCAGUCCUUGUUCGAAUGAUGGCAUUCAUCUCCACAGCGCUGAUUUGAAUUGUGUAUUACAGUGAGUGCAUUCAUUACAGUGAGGAUUCAUUAUAAUGUCUUCUGUCCAAUUUUAAAUGAUUUUAUUUUUUUCCUUGUAUCUUAAUUUUGUGUGUGAAAUUCCUUUGGCAAACAAGCAUCCAUUCAUUUAUUUUCUGCAACCUCUUGACCUCUAGAUUGUGUUAUUUAAAAACAAAAAUAAUGAUUAUACCUGAAGUUAGGAUCCUGUCACAUAUGAAUGAAGAUCGCUGUAUGAAUCCAUGAGGGUCUUGUUGUUGUGACUUUCCCUCAUCUUGUCAUGAAUUUGCUUUCAAAUCAAUAAAACCAGAUGAAAUAAUCAUCUUGGAUGAUUGUUGGGGAUUUUGUUUUGUGAAGAUGUAAAGUCAUAAAUUGAGGGGAUUUACAUUAAAGCUUGUUGAUCUCAGAAGGUGUGUCACAUUAUAUAAACAAUAAUUAAUUAAUACAGAGGUAAAUAUAUACAAUAUAUCACCAGUCUUUCGAAACGGUCCUUAAAGUAGAUAUUUGACAAGUGCUUGCAUCUGCAGCAACAAUACUG